GCGGGCCUGGCCCGGCAGUGGGCGGCUGCAGCGGGUAGGUUACGGGUCUCUCUCUGCUCGGCUGCGUUGGUCGCUUGGCGUCUGUCCCUGUGGCCUCCUCACAGGUACCCGGACAGGUGGCUUCGUCAUGGAUGAAACUGUUGUUGAGUACAUCCGAAGAACUGUACUGAAAAUCCCACGAGAUAAAAUCAAGGCAGUGCUGCAGGAAUGGGACUUUUUGUCAGAGAAACAGCUGCAGACCAUAAAGUUCAAUCAGAUAAAGGAGAACAUUUCUUAUGAUGUUGCUCAGCUCUGUGAGGAAAAUUUUGCAGACAUAAAGCAAGCAGCUAUCCUAGACAUAAUUUACAACUACACCUACCCAAACAAAAGACUGUGGAGUGUUUACCAGAUGAGAAAAACAGGGGGAGGAACAGAAACUUUUGACUUACAAGUUCUCAAAAAAAAAUUUAAGAGACAACUUCGGUCAGUCUUGAAAAAUGUCACCAUCAACUUCAGAGAAUAUGAGGAUAGUGCAAUCUGGAUCAGAAUUGCCUGGGGAACACCAUAUACAAAACCAAACCAGUACAAAACCAGCUAUGUUGUAUACCAUUCACAGACUCCCUAUGUCUUCAUUUCGCCCUCAGUGCUGAAGAGCAACUUGCCUCUGCUAUGCCAGGCCCUCGUUGUUGCUUCCAAUUACCAUGACAUCUGUGCAAUGGAGCUUCGAAGUCAUUCUUUAAAUUCCCUUAAAGAUAUUGUGUUUAAGACAUAUAGCCAGAAUUUCCAAACUUAUUGUCCAAAACCUAUACAAGAAAGGAAUGUAGCUCCAGAAAGUGAAGAUUUAAGGAUAAUUCAAGAAAACAGAAGUGAGAAAGAAAGAAUAAAGAGACUGAAUCGGGAAGUUUUUGGUGAUGGUCCUCAACCGCAACUUGAAUUUGCACAAUAUAAGCUUGAGACUAUGUUUAAAAGUAAUCCUAAAAUGGAUGUUUUAGAUAAAGAACCAUUCAGAUGCCUGGUCAAGUUUUCUAGUCCACAUCUUUUAGAAUCACUGAAAUCCUUGGCACCAGCAGGUAUGGCUGAUGCAGCACUUUCGCCGCUACUUACAUGUAUACCACACAAAGCUAGGAAUUAUUUCAAGAUUAAAGAGAAGAAAGCUUUCUCUCCAGAAAGCUUUGUGACCCGUUAAUUUAAAACAGAUUCAUAGAGAAAUAUACAACAUGGUGCAGCACAAGAAGAGUUAACAGAAGUCUUUAACAGGAGAAAUGGAGAACAUGGUUAUUUUACCUGUAAAUGUGAUGACUGCUCUUAACUGUAUUUUUAAUAGUAUCUGGGAAGUUAGAGCUUAAUAAAGACAUAACAAGA